CUUCACUCUCUGCAAUAUAUCUAUCUAUCUGCUCAACAAUAUUUGGCCAAUGUCAAUGAUUUUACUGUCUUCCCAUUCCAAGUACCUGCUGGAUAUUUUGUCUAACCGGGUUGAAAAUGCAGAAGGAGUUGAUAUUGAACGUAGAUGGACCGAAUUCAGUGAUGUUUGUUAUCAUAUAAAGGGAUCUUCUGAAACCCCCGAAUUUCUGAAUGUGUCAGUAUCGUUUCCCACACCACCUGAAGAAACUGAAAUUGAAAAGGGGCUUCCUUGUGGUGCCACAGAAGCUGUAAAAGUAGCAUAUGGUGUGGUCGUUGAAUCUAUUGUUCCUCCAGACGAGGGCUUUAGUCUCACACUCAAAUUGGAUUUAUCAAAACUUCCUAAAAAUAAAGAGAAGAGAAAUGAUAUGUUGGUGAAGAUUGCAGCUGUAAGGGAAGUGGUACUAGGCGCUCCAUUAAAAAGGAUUCUGGAGCAUCUGGCCUCCAGGACUCGUGCCCCAGCCAAAGAUAGGGUCAUUACCCUUGUACAUCGGCCAAAGGAGUGCAUUUUUCUUAUUCCUCGGGAAGAUAAGGUUACUGUGAUUUAUCCUAUCAAUUUCGAGGAUUCAAUAGAUACAGUGCUUGCAACGUCUUUCCUACAGGACUUGGCGGAAACAAGGCGGUCUGCUAGUCUCUAUUCUGCACCUUCCUGCACAUGGUCUUCUACUCCUCCUGCGGAACUGGACAAUGCUACCACUGAAUCAUUGUCUGUAAAUGCAGGAUUCUUUACCUUCGUGAUUCUCCCACGACAUGUAGAAGGAAAAAAACUAGAUAGGACUGUAUGGAUUUUAUCAACAUUUCAUGCUUAUGUGAGCUACCAUGUCAAGGUAAGGUUUCUCUGUUCCUACAUUUCUACUUAUACAAUCAUGAUUCUGGACUUUUGGUCUUCAAGGAGAAUAAAUGCUUAGGUCCUGGUUUUCUUUAU